GAAAAUUAACUAUGACUGAUGCUGUCUUUGAAGGUUAAUUUAAUAAUGGAUAAAUGAUUGAAGGAGAAUAUAGAUGGAAUGAUGGAAGAAAAUAUAAAGGUUAAAUUCAAGGAACUAAAAUGCAUGGUUAUGGAGAAUUUUGGUUUCCUGAUGGUAGAUAUUACAAAGGUAUAUAGAUUCUUAUUAAUUAUAAUAGGAAAUUGGGAUGAAGAUUAAAAGUAAGGAUAAGGAGAAUUUCACUACUCUGAUGGUUCUAUUUAUGUAGGAGAAUGGAAAAAUAAUAAAUAGAAUGGAUAAGGAAAGUUUAUUGAUUAAAAUGGAUAAAUAAUAAAUGGUUUUUGGAUUGAUGGUAUUAAGUCUAAUUGA